UGAUUUAUUGUGUUUAAUAUUUGUGAUAAUAAUAUUAUUGAAAAAAAAGUGUCAAAAUGAUUGACGUUAAUGCAAGUGAUAUACAUAUUUGUCAAAUUGUUGGUGAUAAUGAGGAUCCAAGAAUACCACCACUGAGACAAAUAAGUUAUGGUAUUGUUAUACCAACAAUAUGUUGUCUUGGAAUUAUUGGAAAUAUUCUUAAUCUUGUCGUAUUAACAAGAAGAAAUAUGCGAGGUACUGCAUACAUUUACAUGAGGGGAUAUUCAGCUGCAGCACUAUUAGCGAUAAUAUUUUUCAUUCCAUUUGCAUUAAGAGUGCUAAUUCACAAAGACACAGGACAAUGGAACAGUUGGCCACCAGCAUUUUAUCAUGCUCAUUUUGAAUUAUUUUUAGGAAAUGCAUGUUUAGGUGUUGGUGUUAUGAUGUUACUUGCACUAACUAUUGAGAGAUAUGUUAGUGUAUGUAGACCAGGAAAAUACACACGACCAUUGUGUGGACCACCACAUUUAACAGUAUCACUUAUACCACUUGCAACUUUUCUCGUAUAUCUACCAAGUGCAUUUCGUGGUGAAAUAACAACAUGCCUUGUUACACCUGGUGGUUCACUCAUUUACCAAAAACGUGAUAAUUUAUCAUUCAUGCAUUCAGUAUUUUAUCAAAUUUAUAAAGUGGUACUUGAAGUUGUUUUCAAAGUUGCACCAACAAUAUUAUUAGCUGCAUUUAAUCUACGUAUAAUGAUAGUUUACAGAAGAUCAUGUGAAAGAAGAAGAAGAAUGACAUUAUCAAGAACAGUCAGUGGUGGUGAUGAAGAUACAAGAACAUUUGCUGAAGAACGUAGAUUAGUUAUGUUACUUGGUAGUACAAGUAUACUAUUUAUUGUUUGUGUAACACCAAUGGUAAUACUAAAUGUCACACUGGCUGAUAGUAAUUUAGUACUAUAUCCAUACCAGGUAUUUCGUGCACUUGCUAAUCUACUAGAGGUCAUUAAUUAUUCAACAACAUUUUACAUUUAUUGUUUAUUUUCGGAAGAUUUUCGUAAUACAUUAAUACGUACAUUACAAUGGCCAUGGGGUAAAUCAUCAAGUGACAGUAGAAGAAUACCAAUUAAAAGAUCAACAAUACCAAGACCAACAACAACAACAACAACACCACCACCAACAACUAUUGCAACACCAGGUCAUCUUGCAAGAGCAAGUGUUUAAUCAACUCAAAAAAUAAAUAAAUAAAUCAAA